AUGUCCGACACCAAGGAUGCACCGUCCACUUUCCUGAUCUGGAAUCCAGCUGGAACGGUGGACAAGAAAGACCAAGUCUUUCGUCGGCACCGGCACGCAGCCAUCGUGCACCAUCAAAGGCGCAAAAGGAGAGAUGGUCAAUCGGAGUCUCGUAUCUCUUCGAAGAUUCUUCCAAGCAAGCCCUCUCCCAAAGAUUCUGCAGCUAUCACAACGCCUUCAAGCAGCCAACACUCCUCCUCCACAUCUUCAGGAGGUGCGUCUCCAAUAAUAGAGCCAGCAUCUGGUCGUAUUGAUCCUUUCGAUGUGCUGUGUAUUCAGGGAUUUCCGAGCGAAGCCUUGUCUCUGGUACAAUUCGCAAUCAAGGAUCAGUGGCCUGCUUUUACAUCGUCUAGUCAACCCCAAGUCAUUGAGAAAUGGAGGUCAACUACCAUGCAUCUCGCAAUGGAAGCACCUUACCUGCUCCAAGCCAUCACAUAUGCAGGGUGUUGCUAUCAGCUCUUCUUCGGAUCAGGUGACCACUCUACUGAAUUUCUGCGUCUGAACUCUCAUCAUGAAACGAUUAAAUAUGUUAGAGAUGCUCUUUACACAUCCAACGGAGUUAUCAGCGACGCAAUGCUGAUGUCAAUUGCUAUCCUUGGGGUUCACUCUUCCUCACUACCACCUCAACAACGACCACGAGCGCAGGAUACAAUGUCCCAUGAUAAUGACUUUUACUCGAGUCAGCCGUGGGAUCAAACCCAUAUUAAUGCAGUCUUGUUAUUCACGAAGCGUAAAGGUGGACUAGAGAGCAUUAUGGUUGAGGAUCUACGUGGGAUGAUCAACGUAAUUGAUGUCCAAGAUUCCUUAGGUACACUGAGGAAGCCAACUUUCCCCCUACCAGUGUCCACGACCACUGCGAUACAAAGUAUCUGUGCAAAGUGGAGUCCUGACAGAAGGAGAAAGUUUGCAUCUCGCCAGAACGGCUUCAAAUGUUUGCUGGAAAUUGACGGUGGGGAGGACCUGUUCAAUUUGACCACAAGGAUCUGCAGUCUACUCGAAAGCUUCGAUUUGAUGCUCCAGGAGGGACCCCAGAGUGGAAUGGAUUUCAACUUUCUUGUUGCUAUCAGGCGUUACCUCCAGCACGAUGCCUUGUCACUCCCAUUACAUCGCGACCCUCUCCACAAGCUAUGUCGUCUAGCCAUCAUCACCUAUAUGGCUGAAUCUAUUGAGCCUUCAUCCGCACAAUGGCCCUUGCAUGCGACUGCCUCGAAAGCGCUCAUGUUAGCCCUUGACGAAUGCGACAAGAUCGGCAUUGGAGAAAGGCAACCAGAGCUCCUGACAUGGGCAACGGUUGUUGGCGCCUUCACAGCACGAGAUACACCCUUAUUUGAGUGGUAUAUUGAGCAGCUUUGCAGUUAUCCCUUUACCAAGGCUGGAGGAAGUUGGGACGAAGUACAGCAACAGUCCGAGAGGUACCUGGUCUUGAAAUAUCGCCAUGGACAACUUUGUGGCAAAGUCUGGGAGACUGCUCGCUCAAGGUCGUCGGAGGAUCGUUCUUCCUUACCAUUACGACAUUCUAUCAUACCCCUAACUCAGUGA